UCGUUUUCGCGCCAUCGCGUUUGGUCCAUUGGUCCAUAGAAUAGAGGCAAAAGAGAUUUUCUUUUUUUUUUACUCUCUUUUUCUCUACUGACAAACAGCUGAUUCUGCGUAUUGCGUACAAAUACGUGUGUUCUAACGACUCACACAACGUUUUAAUAAUAAACACAUAUUGGAAAUGAUGAGUGUGCAAGUGAAAUGUGAUUAUUGAAUGUUCUUUAAUCUCCGUCGAUUAAAGAGUUUAUCGAGGAAUAUUAACCCUUUAUCUCAACAUUCUUUUUCUUGAUAUGAAAUAAGAAUUUAAUUCCAAAAAAUUCGACGUUUACAUAAUGAAUUUGUCGCAAAAUUUUACUGCAGUGCGUGAAAUAUAAGUGAUAUUGUCCAAUUUGACAUUUCAUUUGACAGCUGGUGUUCACGUCAUUUGUUUAAAAGGAAAAUUACGUCAAAUAUUAUUUUUUCAAAAAGAAAAACGUAUUACGAAAUGAAUAUUGAGAUUAAAGAAUCAAUGGAAUAUUUUUUCAUAUCCUAUUGGGAGAGAUAAAGUGCUAUAGAGGAAGAUGUAAAAGUGAGGUUAGGUUCUCUUUGGAAUUUAGCUAUGAAGAGUCCUUCAUCGCAGUCUGUAAGCAAAAGUGUUAAUUUAGCCAAUGGACAUCAAAAUGGACAUUUGAAAACUCUUGAUCGACAAAAAACAAGAACAAAUAAAUCACGAGGAAUUGAAACAACAAAUUUUCAUCCUCCAAAUAACGGUUUGGGUAAACAGCAGCUGGUUUCUUUAAACGGAAGUACAAUAUGUUGCAACAGUGUAGAAAUCGACGAAGCUUUAGCAUGCGACGUGACACCGGUAACAACACCAAAAACAAAAGCACUUUGUGUUCAUAUAAGAGAAAACAAAUGGUACGACGCUGGGAAUACAAUCUCUGUUGGAGUUGCUGGAUCAAGUUUAAAUCAAACCCUCGAGAAUAUGCCACUAACUUAUACUUCGUGCAUAAAAAAUAUUUACGAAGAAACACAAAAUACGAACAGUUUUCAACAACAUGAAACUAAGAGUCAAACUUUUGAGUUCCCAAAUGAUUUCAAUAAAAACAGUUUUGUUAACUCGAGAAUAGUUGACGGUGAAUUAAAGGAAGAAACAAAUAGUUUAAAUGACAGUCCAAGAAAUAGUUUGCCACACUCUUGUAGCAGUACUGUUUCGUCUCUUAGUGAAUUUUCACCAUCUGGUAGUUUUCAAGAAGAACAACAACAACAAUCGUCACCAGAAAAAGGAAAACUUUGGCCUCUUAAUACUUCUUUUGUGAAGAAUGUUUUUUCAUGGAAAACAAAGGAACGUUUACCCUCGAGUCCAACGAGAAAUGUUGAUCGUAUUAGUGGUAGUUUGGCAUUAAUUCAACAGCCAAGACCAGCAAAUUUACCAGCAAAAUGUGCAAUUGAAGAGGAAAAUCAUCGACGACAAUAUAAUGCAAUUUUAAUAUCGGCAAGAAAACGUGAAUUAAAAGAGGAACGCGAGCGUAAAAAUCAAAGAGCACAACAAUUACGCGAUGAACAAAGAUUAGCUGAGGAUUCAUUAAUGUGGAAUACACAAGUAUUACCACAAUUUGAAGGAAUGAGAAAUAUGAAAAAAGUACGUGAAUUAUGGUGGCGUGGAUUACCACCAAGUGUACGUGGUAAAGUUUGGAAAUUGGCAAUAAAUAAUAGUUUAAAUAUCACAUCAAAUUUAUAUAAUCUAUGUUUGGAUAGAGCAUUAUCAAAUCCAAUUAAUGAAACAUUAGCGGCAAUAAAAUUAGAUGUUUCACGAACAUUUUCAUCAUUAUGUGUAUUUCAAGAUGGUGGUCCAUUAGCUGAAAGUCUUCAGGGUGUAUUGGCAGCGUACGCUGUUUAUCGUCCUGAUAUUGGUUAUGUUCAGGGAAUGAGUUUCAUUGGCGGUGUAUUAUCAUUAAAUAUGGAUGCAACUGAUGCAUUUACAUGUUUUGCAAAUCUUUUAAAUAGUCCAUGUCAUCGUGCGGCAUUUAGUUUGGAUCAAAAACAAAUGAAUAUCUAUUAUAAAGUUUAUGUUAGUGCACUUGGUAAUAAAUUGCCAAAGAUUUAUGCACAUUUUGCAAUAGCUGGCCUAAGUCCAGAUUUAUAUCUUCUCGAUUGGUUAUAUACAAUUUAUGCUAAGGCAAUGCCACUUGAUGUUGUAUCGCGUAUAUGGGAUAUGUUUUUACGUGAUGGCGAUGAAUUUUUAUUUCGCACAGCACUUGGUGUAUUGCAUUUGUAUCAGGAGGAAUUAUUAAAAAUGGAUUUUGUCAGGGGAGCGCAAUUUCUUACAAGAUUACCGGAAAAUAUUCAAGCUGAUGCUUUAUUUAACAGUAUUAGUCAAAUGUCAACUAGCAUUGGUACAACUAGUUUUCAUCAAAUGUUAGCUCAAAUUUCUUCGGUGUAAUUAAAUCAGGAAAAAAAAAAUGCUUCCUUGUGAUAUAAUUACGGGUAGUUGCAAUUUUUUUUUUUUGUUUUAGCGAAAUAUUUUACAAAAUUUUUCAAUAUAUAUAUAUAUUUGCUAAAAAAAGGAAUGGUGCUUCGCUCCCCUGUGAUUCAGUUAAGGAUUAUUAUAUUCUUAAUGAAACACGCGUAUCAUGAUCUAAAACUUUUUUCUACUCAUCUUGAACUAUAUUCUAAAAAUAUUAGGGAGAUUAGAAUUUAAUUUUAGCUUUUAUUGCUUUUUUCAUUUUCAAGAAAAGUAAUUUCAAAAAUUUUAAAUUGUCUUAAAACUUUUAAAAAGGUUAUUUUUUUACAUUUUAUUUUUUAAAUAAUUUAGUUUUCUAAAAUAGAAUAUUUUUUGAAAAUUAUAUUUCGUGUUAAAAAAUUUUGUGUGUUUUUUGUCACUGACAAUUUUUUGUCGUUAAAUGUCGUAAUUUUUUAUAUCUAUAUUUUGUUUUUUUUGUUUGUUAAUUUGCAAAUAGUGCCAAAUAUAUUUGGUAUAUUGAGAUUGUUUUCCUUUAGUUUUCAAUUCUUUAAUAAUAAUUAGCUAUAAAUAGAAAAUAGAUAGCAUUCUUAUAAAGAAAUGCAAUUUUGAAACUCAGUUUGUCUUACUGCCUUCUUCGAUUUUAUAUAAAAAAAAAAAAGUAAGGAAAACAGAGCUGUGACUUUUUAACUAUAGAAUGCUGAAGUAUGCAACGUUUUUGAUAAACGAUUUUUAAAGAAAUAAUUUUUUUGCCUAAAAAAUUUUUUUUUGGUAUAAUUUGUUGAUUAAUUAAAAAUACAAAAAAUAUUUUUUAGACAAUAAAUUAUAGAAUUUUUCAUUUUAAAAAAUUAUUUUUUUUUGAAAAUCGUUUAUGAAAAACGUUGCGUACUUCAGCUUCGUGAAUGCGUUGGGGGAAAAAAAUAAUCUGAUAUUUUCUUGAAUCUCUUUUUAAUUUAGCUUAGAAUUUUAAAACUCAUAUAUAUAUACUUUUUAUCUCUUUUUUACCUUCGUUUACAAUGUCCUUUUUACACAAAAAAUCAUAAUUAUAAUUUUGUUUUAAUCACAAUUUUUCAUUAUUUUUUUGUAAUAUAAAUAUAGUUUUAGAAAGAAAUGAGAUAGAUACUGACUGAAAAAUAAAGAAAAUAAUGAAAGAAUGAGUUCUUAGGUCUGUAUUUUUACAACGAAAAUAGCAAUCUAUUAGAUAUUUUCCUGUACAUAAAAAAGUCUCAAUUUUUUCAAAAUAUACUCAAUGUUUAAUUUUUUUUUUCUUUUUAUAAUUGAAGAAAGAAAUUAUACUGUUUUCACAAAAGAAAUGAUAAUUCUGAAAAUUUGAUGUCACUUUGAAUUUUUUACGCUGUAAAAUGCGCGAUGAACGAUUUAUAACUGAAAGAGGGAGUGUAUAUAAAAUGUUUCUUUUCUUUCGUUGAGACUCUUAAGUUUAAUUUUAGUUGAGAGAGAGAGAGUUUUGCUCAAAGUUUAGUUGUAUAGCGUGUGAUAUCAUUUUGUGGUUUCAUUUUAAAUAAUGUUAUUUUUUUUUGUUUUGUUUCUUCAUCUUCUCUUCUUCUUUUUUUU